GGCGGGGGCGGCGCGCUGCGGGGGCGGGGGGUCCCGGUCCCGAUCCCGAUCCCGAUCCCGAUCCCCAUCCCCAUCCCGAUCCUCAUCCCCAUCCCGAUCCCCGGCCCCAUCCCGGUCCCGGCCCAUGUCCCGGCCGGCGCCGCCCGGCUCCCCGGGCCGGCUCGGGGCGCUGAGCACGGCGCAGCUCCGCGCUCUGCUGCAGGACGAGCCGCGGCUGCAGCGCGCCGCCCGCCUCUGCAGGAAGUUCCAGAGUCUCCAGCUGGAGCGGGAAACGUGUUUGGCUUCAAACUGCACCCAGGCCAAGGUGAAUCUGUCCCUGCGCCCACGGCUGGAGGACGGGAAGGCUUCCCUGGCCAUCAAGUACCAGGAGCUGCAGGAGAUCCGGGAGGUGUGCUGGGACAAGCAGCAGCGCCUGGAGACCUACCUGGAGAAGUGGAGCCCACAGAGCGCCCUGGGCCAGCUCCAAGCCAAGCUUGAUGCCUCCGAAGCAGAGUCAGAGGAACAGAUAAAGCAGUUCCUGACCCAGGAGCUGCCCCUCGAGUCCUUUCUGGAGUCCUUCUGCCAGAGCCGCACGCGCUCCCACAUCUGCCGGACGCAGCUGGAGAAGCUGCAGGAGCUGCUGCAGAAGGAGCAGGUGGGCAGGGACCCUGUGGGCACUGCGGGGUGCCCAGGUGCCCCAGCUGGCAUGGCACCAGCCCGCCUCGCCCCGUUGCAGAGCGGAGUAGCCCCCAAAGCCUUUGAUCUCUCCUACGGCUUUGUGCCCGCCCUCCUCAUCCCCUCGGAGGCUGCUGUGCCCUUUCCCGUGCCGGCUGCUCCUCCCAAGCACCAUCUGCCAGCCCUGGCACAGCAGCCGGCCUCUCCCAGCUCCGAAAUUCCCAGCCUGGGCUCUCCCCUGCGCCUCGUUGGACACAUCCCCCUGCUCAGCCCCCAGCCUGGCCACAGGCAGCAGCCACAGCACCAGGAGCAGGAGCCUCCCCACCGGUAGCAGGGCAGGGGUGGGGCUGUCCCUGCUCCUGUGCCUCCACGGGGCUGUGCAGGGAACCCGGGGCUGGGGGUGGUGUGGGCACAGCUCCAGAGGGCUGCAGGGUCUGUGGGGCAGGCACAGGGUGGGUGCAGGCAGAGGGAUGGUGCUUGGCUGGGGCAGGUGCCAUGGCCAGGCAGGGGGUCCUGCAUUUGGGGAGCUGCUGGGGGGAGGGCUCUGCAUCCCCAGCAACAGGAACGGUGGCAGGAAGUGGGGGUGGGUGGCUUGUAGGGAUGUCAGUGGGCUUAGCUGGGAGGGAUAGCAGGGAAAGGGCACAGGAGCACUGGGUGUGCCACAUGCUACCUAAAUAAAGCCUCUUUCCAUGCUCCGUG